AUGGACGGAAAACGUAAAACAGAAGCCACAAAUUUGGAUCCUGCAUCUUCACAUAGGACAGUCACUGAGCCUAGAAUCAUUGUGCAAACAACCAGUGAAGUUGAUCUUUUAGAUGAUGGUUACAGAUGGCGAAAAUAUGGGCAGAAAGUUGUCAAAGGAAACCCUUAUCCGAGGAGCUAUUACAAAUGUACAACACCAGGUUGUAAAGUCCGAAAGCAUGUUGAGAGGGCUUCAACAGAUCCUAAAGCUGUCAUAACAACAUAUGAAGGAAAACACAAUCAUGAUGUUCCAGCUGCUAAGACCAGCAGCCAUGUUAUGGCAAGUAACAACACUGCACAGAUAAAAUCACAGAAUUCCAAUCAUGGAAAACAAAGUAUUGGCAGCAGAGAUAUUGGAGGCAAUGAGCAACAGCCGGUUGCACGGCUAAGGUUGAAGGAAGAGCAGAUAACCUAG